AUGUACCUGAAUGGUGCUCCAGCUUAUGAAGCCCUAUCGCCAAGCCGGGCCGAAGCCGUUUAUGGCCGAUUUCAGAACGAACUGAUCCGCAGCGCCGAGGCCGAGUUCACCGAGUGCCUGCUGGAGAACAUCGAGCUUCGAGCUGAUUCACAGCAGAUCCGGGGUCCCGUUUUCACCCCCACGGAGAGCGAGCUGGCCCUGGUGCGCACCGUGCUCCAGGAGGACCCUAGAUACCGACAGCUCUCGCGACUUUGGGAGCUUCGCGACAGCUUGGUCGCGUCGUUCUGCGCAUUUCUUGCCCAUCCACAGCCGUCGCACUGCUUCUCGAGGUCGCGCUGCCUGGAUGCGGUCGGCCACGACGGGCUCUUGACCAAGUUCAUGGGCUUCGAGCCAAGCUCCAUCCCGGUCGUCACCCUAAACGUACGCGGGGCUCCUCAGCACGUUGCCCAGUUCGUGACAGACGUGGCGUGUCUGCUAAAAGGUGACCCGUACCAGUCUGCCGUCGGCCUCGCCCGGAUCCACUGCUACUCAACCUCGCACGGAGAUACGCCGCAAAAUUUCCCGAUUCAUGUGCAGCUGAUUGACAGUUCAAUCCGCGAAGAAGACCUGGACCCGGCAUCAGACCCGUACCCUCCAAUCCUCGUCGCCGUCGCCGACCCGCACGCCGACGCCAGUGUCGUGCCAAUGAUGGUCGAGCUGGAGGAGCGCCGACUGAAGGUCGACCUCCGCGUCGGUUCGGUCCACGGAUGGCUGGCCGCACGCCACGCGUACGCGACGCACGGCCACGCGCUGGUCUAUUCGACGAGUCCGAUCCUGCUCAUCGCGGUUCAGGAUGGGUCGACGGAGAGUGAGCUCGAGCAAGAGCUCGAAGCGGAAGGCCGUGAAGUCGCCGCCAGCGUCGGGGCCCUGUUCGUCGCCACGCCCGAUGAUUUCUGC